AUGGAGGCACUCACCAGAGUACUAGCCCAAAGCCCAGAAUGGUCCACCCGCAGCAUUAUCGCCCUCCUCGUGACAGCCCUCGCGUACAUCAUCACCAUUGCCCAUCGACCACCGUCUCGCUCCCGCGACGACCGCAGCACUCCCAAACCACUCACCACAGGGUACUACUACCCUUCUUUCCUCAGCACGUGGCGCUUCUUCAACAACCGCCACGGCUUCUACAACGAGGGCGUGGCGGCCUCGUCCACCGGCAACUUCAGCCACUCUGUGGGGCCGCAUCACCUCAUCGGAUUGUCCAGAUCAGCAGGUAGAGAAGCGUUCUUUCACCGCAGAGAGAUGGAAAUGGUUGAGGGCUUCACCGUCUUCUUUCCCACAGUCGACCCCUCCCAGAUCGAGCCCUCCACCGGCUGGCAAGGAUACCAGAUCAACGCGCAUAUCAUGCGCACCAUGCGCACGGAGAACAUCCGGCGCAGUCUGUCAUCGAUGCUAGCAUUCGCAGCAGAUGCUGUAGCCGCGCAUUGUGGAACGAGUAGCCUUGUGGAUCCAUUCGACGUCGCGGAUCGGCUCGUGUUUCAGUUUACCAUGAGCGCGGCGGGUUUUGAUGACUUGCGUGCUGGCUCGCCGUUGCUGGCUGUUUUGGGCCCUGCUCUUCUGCGGAAGAUUGAGGGUUCGACGAGUGCUGGGAGGGUGCUUGUGCCUUGGUUGCGGACGCCGGGGUAUCGGCGGCGGGUGACUGCUAUUCGGGAGUUGGCUGGGUAUUUGGGAGAUGCUUACCUCAUGGCCACGCUGUUCGCCGCUCAAAUCAACACGCCCCUCAUGGCCGCCUGGCUUCUCGUUUAUCUCUCGCGCAAUGCACACUGGAUGACGCAAGUCCGCACGGAGCUCGACGCUGUACUCAGUCGCUAUCGCUCAUCCCCACAAGAAACACCGCUCCACAUCCUCCAGCGCAUCCCCCUCGAAACAUGGGAGUCUGACUUACCCGUCCUCGAACUAUGUCUGCGCGAGUGCAUCCGCAUGCACCUUACAGCGACCACGUACCGCCGGAACUGCAGCGACAGAGAGAUUCCCAUCGGAGAGACGGGGGAGGUGAUCCCCGGUGGGGCCUACGCAUUUUAUAUUCUUGGAGAAGCCCACGCCAAUCCGGCGGUUUAUUCCGACCAUGGGACAUGGGAUCCGGCGCGGUUUUCGCCGGGCCGGGCGGAGGAUAAGGGCGCGCCGUUGGCUUUUUUGGGAUGGGGCGCGGGACGGCAUGCGUGCUGUGAGUCUAUGCUGGCUAAGAUUGAGGUGGCUGUCGUUGUUGCAUCCUUUGUGGCUACCUUUGAUCUGAUGCUGUGCGACCAACUGGGUCGUCCGAUGGAUCGUGUCCCAAAGGCGAAUCGGGAUUCGAAAUCGGCGCAUCCGCCGGGGGAAGAAGUGCGGCUGAGAUGCUGUGCUCGGAGUUGA